AAUGUCCCUUCCCCCAACAGGGGCGUCGAGAGGAGAGGCAGAGCGACCAUCGAAGGUGCUCUAAUGGCGGACCCCGUCACGAGUAGCGAUUCUUAGCUUCGGUUCUGUUGCUUUGUGGACGAAAAGGCCCGGAUUCGCUUGGUGGGGCGGAGGGCUAGAAGCAAAGCUAGGGUUUCUGGUUCUUCCCUGCCGCGCUCGGUGUCGGAUAAUGGAAAGGGGGCGAGACGCGACGGGGAGUGAGUGAGACCUGGCGAUUCCUAACUCCUUUGCUUCCUGUUCUUUGGCCGCUUCGAUUCGCGAGUACCGCAGCGAAUAGAAUCGCGGCCUCUCGUCACUGGUCCUGGGAUUUCUCUGUCUGCUUGGCGAAUCGCCCCCAUCUAUUGACGGGCAUCGUUGUGCUUGUCUCCAAUUGCGGCCGCGUUGCCUGAUUCCGGGAAAAGAUCCAAAGCGAGCUUCCUCUUUUGCCGGUCUUUCCUGUGCGUUCCUGUUGAGAAAGAUUGAAUUUUUAUGCUUCUCCACUCGCUUUGCUCGACAUUUAAGGUGUCGCGAUUUGAGGUGUUGAAUUGAAGCUCGAGGGGUGUUGAGAUAUGUUGGAUUUGGCGCUGGAUUCCGACGGCGAGGUCGGGCCGGAAGUGAUUAACUCGAGCCAUAGCUCGAUGAGCAGUAGCGGCGACAGCCGGAGUAGUUUCUCGCGUCUUUCCUUUGAUAAUGCUGCGCCUCCGCCGCCUCCGGCGACGGAGGAAGAGGCCGAGGUUUACGCCGCCCGUAGCCCCUCCGCUCUUGCCCAGCUUCCCUCCAAACCGCACCGCUCGUCGGACCCAGCCUGGGCCGCGAUUCGUUGCCGGUCCUUCCCCGCCAAUCUCUGUCACCGGGACUUCAAGCUCCUCCGCCGCAUUGGCAGCGGCGACAUCGGAACCGUCUAUCUUUGCCACCUACGAGAUGAGACCUCACCGCACCCAUACGCGAUGAAGGUGGUCGACAAGCUAGCGCUGUCGAAGAAGAAGAAGCUCAAUAGAGCGACGACGGAGAAGAGGAUCCUCCGGAUUCUCGAUCACCCUUUCCUCCCCAUCCUCUAUGCCGACUUCGAUGCCUCGCCGCACUAUUCUUGCGUCGUGAUGGAAUACUGCUGCGGCGGAGACCUUCACGCGCUACGCCACCGCCAGCCCAGCCUACGCUUCUCCGUGGCCGCCACCAGGUUCUACGCGGCGGAGGUGCUGCUCGCGCUGGAGUAUCUUCACAUGCUGGGCAUCGUCUACCGCGAUCUGAAGCCGGAGAACAUCCUCAUCCGCUCCGACGGCCACAUCAUGCUCUCCGACUUCGACCUAUCCCUUGAGUCCACCUCAGCCCCCACCCUCGAGCCCAUCGCCACCUCCGCCGCUGCCUACAGGGAUCACUCCGCCGUUGAACACGGAGAGUGCCUCCCCGCUGAACCCUCUUGCCUCCCCUUCCUCUCGCGUCGGCCGCCGCCCCGCUCAGCCGCAAAAACCGAACCCUGGCGCUUCGUGGCGGAGCCCAUCGAUGCCCGGUCGUGCUCCUUCGUGGGAACCCACGAGUACGUCGCGCCGGAGGUCGCCGCCGGCCAGCCCCACGGCAGCGCCGUCGACUGGUGGGCCUACGGCAUCCUCCUCUACGAGCUCCUCUACGGGCGCACCCCCUUCGCCGGGUCCACCAACCAGCGGACCCUCCGAAACAUCGUCAAGCAGCCGCUCUCCUUCCCGCCUGCAAACGCCACCUCCUUGCCGGCGAGGCACCUCAUCGCCGGCCUGCUCGCGAAAGACCCCACCGCGCGGCUCGGCUCCCGGCGCGGCGCGGCCGAGGUGAAGUCGCACCCUUUCUUCGCGGGCCUCAACCUGGCGCUCAUGCGGUCGAACAGGCCCCCCUUCGUGCCCGGUCCGACCCGGUCCAAUUCACGCAAGGAACACAGGACCAGGGACCGGUUCGAGUUCUUCUAGUUUCUACCCCUACCCGAACCCGGUUCACGACAUGUAUAGUUCGCCGAACUAUCUCAUUCGAAGGUCAAUCGACGCAAUUCCGACGGCGAACGGUGUAAGCGGAGCUACGACGCGUGUGUGUUUCGAAGACGCGUCCGGCAGCGAGAGCGACGCGUUCACGGGACUUGUCUCUGGUAAGAAGACAUGAAGCGAGCGCCGGCGCGAGUAGUAAAAGCUGAUUCUCAUGAGUUAUAAUAAAAGCUGCAUGGUAACGUGAUGGAGUAAUGGUUGCAUGCAGGGCAGGGUAGCAGGGCAGGCAGGCCACUGGAGCAAUGAAGAGGCAGAUGGAGAGGGAGCACGGACUGACGCUGGUGUCGAAUGGAGGGGAAAGCAGCAGGGGAGGGAGGGGAGAAGGAGAUGGAGAGGCAGCGGUGUGCGUAGUUGGUGGCGGCAAUGUGCGGAGGAAGAAACCGGUGAUCGAGGAUGACGAAGAAGUAAUUGAAUAGUAGCUUUGUGGAUCAUGAUAUGAAUGGAAUGUUUUACAUUUAACUAAAUUGUGUGUUAUUUCCGUCCGUUUCUAAACGAAUCAAUUUACUGUCCACUAAGAAUUAUACAAAAGACUAAAGUAUUAAUUUUAUUUG